AUGGCUCCGGGAGGCUUCAACCUGGAGGAGCUGCCGAGCCACGUGGUGCUGGAGCUGCCGGAGCUGUCGCCGCUGCUGGAGAACGGCUCGGGCUACGGCUACGGCGGCGACUACAACGGCUCGGAGCCGUGCUGCGCCGCGGCGCCGUGCACGCCCGGGGCGGCGCGGGCGCUGGAGCGGCAGCUGCUGCCGGCGCUCUACGGCGUCGCCUUCGUGCUGGGGCUGGCGGGCAACGGCGCGGUGCUGGCCGUGCUGCUGCGGGCGCGCCGCCGCCUCUCGGCCACCGACCUCUUCGCCCUCAACCUGGCGGCGGCCGACGGGCUGCUGGUGCUGACGCUGCCCUUCUGGGCCGUGCAGGCGGCCCGCGGCUGGGUCUUCGGCGCCGCCGCCUGCCGCCUGCUCGGGCCGCUGCUGCGGCUCAACUUCUACGCGGGGCUCUUCCUUCUGGCCGGCAUCGCCGCCGAGCGCCGCCGCGCGCUGGCCCGCGCCGCCGCCGCCGCGGGCAGCGGCCCCCGCCGCCGCCGCCGCCGCGUCGCCGCCGCCUGCGCCGCCGCCUGGGCCGCGGGGCUGGCGCUGGCGGCGCCCGAGGCGCUGGCGCUGGAGGCGCGCGGCGACGCGCGGGCCGGCGCGGUGCUGUGCGCGCGCGGGCGGCGCUGGCGGGCGCCGCUGGCGGCGGCGCAGCUGGCGCUGGGCUUCGCGGCGCCGCUGGCCGCGCUGCUGGCGGGCUACGGCGGCGUGGCGCGGGCGCUGCUGCGGGCGCGCGGCGGGCCGCGGCGGCUGCGGGCGGCGCGGCUGGUGGGCUGCGUGCUGGGCGCCUUCGCGCUGUGCUGGGCGCCGCUGCACGGGGCGCUGCUGGCGGCGGCGCUGCGCGACGCGGGGCUGCUGCCGCGCGACUGCGCCGCCGAGGAGCGGCUGGCGGCGGCCACGGCGGCGGCCACGGCGCUGGGCUACUUCCACUGCUGCCUCAACCCGCUGCUCUACGGCUUCGUCGGGGUGCGCUUCCGCCGCCGCCUGCGCGAGAUGCUGCGCGGCGCCGCCGCCGGGGCCGGGGCCGCCGCGGGCGCGGGCUCGGGGUGCGCGCGGCGCCGCGGCGGCGCAGGGGGCGGCGGCGGCGGCGGCUCCGACAGCACCGAGGCCACCUACACCGGGCUCUAG